AUGCCCCAUACCCACUGCCCCAUACCCACUGCCCCAUGCCCACUGCCCCAUGCCCACUGCCCCAUGCCCACUGUCCCAUGCCCACAGCCCCAUACCCACAGCCCCAUACCCACUGCCCCAUGCCCACUGUCCCAUGCCCACAGCCCCAUACCCACAGCCCCAUACCCACAGCCCCAUACCCACUGCCCCAUGCCCACUGCCCCAUGCCCACUGUCCCAUAGCCACUGCCCCAUACCCACUGCCCCAUGCCCACUGCCCAUACCCACUGCCCCAUACCCACUGCCCCAUGCCCACUGCCCCAUGCCCACUGUCCCAUACCCACUGCCCCAUGCCCACUGCCCCAUGCCCACUGUCCCAUACCCACUGCCCCAUGCCCACUGGCCCCAUGCCCACUGUCCCAUAGCCACUGCCCCAUGCCCACUGUCCCAUGCCCACAGCCCCAUACCCACAGCCCCAUACCCACAGCCCCAUACCCACUGCCCCAUGCCCACUGCCCCCAUGCCCACUGUCCCAUAG